UUUGAUAGAAAAAUACGGACAAAAGUACUAUUUCACACUUUUAUAUGACGGGAAGUUCCUAGUAAAAAAAAAUAAUAAAAUUUUGGCUUUUUCAAGCAGCCACACACCUCAAUUCGAUUAAUUGAAGGAAAAGCCCCAUCAUAUUUUAUUAUUGUAAUUUACAAUCUCGUGGCAAUAAAAUUAGUAUCUCAAUUUUCAAUUAAACAAUUGAAUUCCAUUUCUUUAAUGUUGUUAGCUGCUACACAAGUCUCUUUCAAUUUUCGUAUCAGAAUCAGUAUCACAGUUUUCAAUUAAAAAUCUUUUGCUUCAACGCAAAUAAUUACAGCCAAUUUGGCAAAAAUUUAAUAAUACAAAGACAAUAUGGUUGCGUUUCUAUGUUUUAGUCGACAAACUGUGUCGCUAGUUCAAUGAAAUUAAAACGAUUCUACUUAAGAUAUUAUCCCCCAGGAAUUGGGCUUUGUUAUGAAGACCAUAAUUAUAAAGAAAAAACCGAAAUGAUUGACCUCUUAACGCUCACAUCCAGCUCAAAACUUGACCCAAUAGUUGAGGAUAUUCUGAAGAACCAAGUCAUGCUGCACACGGACAUCAUUCCUAAGCUGAAAGAAUCGCUAAUGAAACUCCAGAAUAAAUUAAAGGAACCAACGAAAACCAAUUUUUAUCACUUCAAAACGCUAAAGGAUCACCUGUUGCCACUGACAAAUGUUACUUUCGAUAAAACUGGAAGUAGGUUUAUAACUGGCAGCUAUGACCGAACAUGCCGCAUUUGGAAUAUCGAUACCGGUGCCGAAGUAAUGAGCUUAACCGGACACGAAAAUGCAGUAUUUUCUGUCAAUUUCAACAGUCCCAAAUGCGACCGGAUCGUCACAGGCUCGUUUGAUAAAACGGCCAAAGUGUGGAAUCCAGUCACCGGUAAUUGUAUGCAAACCUACUAUGGUCAUACGGCUGAAGUGGUUGCCACGGAAUUCAAUCCAUCCAACUCUGAUGUGAUUGCAACAGCUUCGAUGGACAAUACAGCGAGGGUAUAUCAUGUGGAAACUGGCCAGGAGACACACCUAUUGAAUGACCAUUACGGUGAAGUAAUAUCGGCCCAUUUCAACAAGGAUGGCCAUUUAUUGUUGACCGGAUCGUUUGAUAACAACGCUUUUAUUUGGGAUUUACGCUCUAGAGAAAUUGUCAUGGAGCUACGUGGUCACACAGCCGAACUAAGUAAUUGCAUUUGGAAUUUCGAAUGUUCCAUGGUGGCUACAAGUUCAUUGGACACAACAGCAAGAGUCUGGGAUCUUCGAAAUUUGCAUUGCAUGCAUGCAAUCACAGGUCACAAAGACGAAGUUCUAGACAUUUGUUAUGAUUAUCCUGGCAAACGGUUAGCUACAGCUAGCAGUGAUUGUACCGCUAAAAUUUGGGACAUAUCCGGUGCAUUUGAUCUUAUAUCUGUGAUGGGUGGACAUUUAGAUGAAGUCUCAAAGAUUUGCUUCAGUCCAACGGGAAAUGUAUUGAUUUCUGCGUCUGCCGAUAAGACAUCAAGACUAUGGAAUACAGAAAACGGACAAUGUUUGCAGAUUUUGCAGGGACACACUGCGGACGUGUUCGCUUGUGCUAUUAAUUAUUCUGGAGAUGCGGUCGUCACAGUUUCGAAAGACAAUACAUGCAAAAUUUGGAGAUGAUACGAAUGGUUUUCGGGCAGUUUCGGAGAUUGAGCUUGAAGGAGCUGUUAUUCGAACUCGAACAGUUUUUAUUAAAAGAGAAAUUUUCGUAUGAUAUGCUAGCAUUGAGUUAAUUCCCUCUGGGCACAGGACAGUACUGACUCGAGCCCUUUGGGUGUUGUAU